GAAUUUCUCGGAUUUAUGGGACCCACUCCAUAAGUGGCUGCUCUAGAUUUCGGUAUAUAUAUUAGAGGGAGCAGUGACCCAACCUGAUGUGUUCAUCAACAACCGUAGCCACAUCGCGUUCCAAAACAAAUUUCAGAGAAUUAUCUCAGCUCUCAGAACCUUCGGCUCUUCUUUGAUCUUUCUCUGUCCCUUUGGGAGAAGAAGAACUCCGUUCUUGCUUGCGGUGGCUAAUUUCAGACAAUCAGAGCAGAAGAUUUCAGUUGUAUGGGAUUGCAUCAGCAUGCAUGGGGUGAAGUUGGCAUCGAGAUCUUCAGCCCAAGGUCCAAGCAUAUAGCCAUGGUGAACAAAAUCUCACCCUGGGAUCAACAAGAGAAGAUGGCCUUGAGAAGUAAUGGAGCAUUGGUGAAGUCACUGAGCUUCAAAGAAUGGGAAGGAGGUGAACAAACCAAAACAAAUUCAGUGAACCACAAGAACAGGCCGAGCCUGAUCAACGUCGUCGUCGACAACCGGAGAAAUUCAGACAUUUUCAUGGCAGAAUCAAGCCCCAUAGUGUCUUCCAGCCCCAAAUGUGAGCUUGAUGCUGCAGCAGUGAAGGUUCAGAAGGUGUACAAGAGCUACCGGACGCGGCGAAACCUCGCCGAUUGCGCGGUCGUCGUCGAGGAGCUAUGGUGGAAAGCAUUGGACUUUGCAUCGCUGAAGCACAGCUCUAUAUCAUUCUUCAAUGGCGAAAAGCCCGAAACCGCGGCGUCGCGGUGGGCAAGAGCAAGAACAAGAGCAGCCAAGGUUGGAAAGGGGUUAUCGAAGAACGGGAAGGCUCAGAAGCUGGCAUUGCAGCACUGGCUCGAAGCUAUUGAUCCGAGGCAUCGAUAUGGCCACAAUUUGCAUAUUUAUUAUGGUGUCUGGUCCAGGAGUGAGAGUACAGAGCCAUUCUUUUAUUGGUUGGACAUUGGGGAGGGCAAAGAAGUAAAUCUUGACAGGUGUCCUAGGAACAAGCUUCAGAGCCAGUGCGUCAAGUACCUUGGACCAAAAGAGAGGCAGGAGUAUGAGGUUGUUGUGGAGAGUGGCAGGCUUGUUUACAAACAGUCUGGAGUUUUUGUCCACACUUCAGAUGAUUCCAAGUGGAUCUUUGUCCUCAGCACAACCAAGGCAUUGUAUGUUGGCCAGAAGAAGAAAGGGUCAUUUCAGCACUCCAGCUUUCUGGCUGGUGGAGCAAUCACAUCUGCUGGGAGAUUAGUGGUCAAAGACGGAAUCCUCAAGGCAAUCUGGCCUUACAGUGGUCACUACCUCCCAACCGAGGAGAAUUUCAGAGAGUUCAUCAGCUACCUUCAGGAGAACGGCGUCGACCUUGCCGAUGUCAAGGUAAAUAGAUGUCCCAUGGACAAAGACGACGAGUACCCAUUGCUGACAAAGCCUGACGUCACCGCCGCCUCCAUUGCCGCCACCAAGAACGUCGAGAAGGUCGCCGCCGCCACCGCAGCCGCAGCCGAGCGGCUGACCGAGACCGUCUCCGACGACACGGACCACGCCGCCGUCGACGAAGACGGCAGCAUGAGCGAAGGCGAGGACGAAGACGCCGACGUCCCAACGGCAACCAAAGAAGACGAGCACAAGGCGACCUCCUCGUCGGCGGCGAGCACCACCGCCGCCGCCGCCGCCGCAGAGAACCACCUGCCGUGCAGGUGGUCGACGGGGACGGGGCCGAGGAUCCGGUGCGUGCGCGACUACCCGCAGGACCUGCAGUCGAGGGCGCUGGAGCACGUCAACCUGUCGCCGCGCCUCGCCGCCGCCGGGGUGGCGCCGGCGACGAGGAAGAGGGACCCGGUGCCGUCGCCGCGGCCGAGCCCCGGGAUGAUACUGUCGCCGCGGCUGGCCUCCGUGGGCUUCCGGCCGCCGGUGGUGGCGCUCACGCUGCCGGACUUCAAGAGGAGCAGAUUGCAGUGACACUGAAACGAAAUUUUUUGGUUAAUUUUUUUUAGUAGUUUAGUUUAGCUGAUGAUGAACAGGUUUAGAGUAAUAACAGCUGGUCCAGAAAUUUUGUGAGGGAAGGACAGUGAUUCUUUGCUGCUAGGGAGAAUUCAGAUUAGUUGAUUUUUUUUUUUUUGGUUCUUCAGUUGUUGUAGAUGAUUCAGAUUGUACAAUUUGUCAGAUUUGUUCGUAUUUUCAUUUUAUUCUUUUGUUAGAUGUACACAAGGAAUUCGUUUUUGAGAAGAGAAAGAAACAAAGAUGAGGAAUUUCUUUUGCUGCAGUUCAGGACAUGAGCAAAA